AUGCAAGGCAGCAUUCCCAGAUUCAAAAAUUUGUUCCAAUAUAUCUCUGGGUCGUACAAAAUCAAUUGUACAAUGUCCAAUGUAAUAGGACUUUAUUCCCAUGAAGAACUAACAAAUGUUUUGAAGAAUACACUUUUCAAUGUUAUUAUUGACGAGAGCACUGAUGUUGGCUGUGUGAAAACUAUGUGUAUUUGUGUUAAAUAUGUUGACAGUUCAUCCGAUCACUUUGAAACAAAAUUUUUUAAGCUCGUUCAGUUGUUUGAGGAUGUGAAAAGUGUAGACAAAGGAGCCACUGGUCAAAAAUUAUUCGAUGAUAAAAGCUUUCACAGAUUCAAAAAUUCCAUUGGAUAA